AUGAAACCAGUGUUUGGUGAAAAUUGGAAGAUUACGAGAUGGGGUGGAAAACACAAUUGUUUGAAUGAGCACAUUUCGCAGGGACAUAGACAACUCGAUGCAGACGUUAUUGCAGAUCUCGUCAUAGGAAUGAUAAAGGAAGAACCAUCUGUGUCAAUCUCUUUGGUGCAAGAAAGGAUAACCGCUAAAUAUGGCUUUAAAGUUUCCUACAGAAAGGUGUGGUAUGCGAAGCAGAAAGCGAUCGCAAUUAUGUACGAGCAGAGCUUAGUUACUGGAAAGAAGGAGUUUCAUCGCAUAUUUUGGACGUUUAGACAGUGUUGUGAGGCAUUCAAAUUUGCCAAACCCGUUAUUCAAAUUGAUGGAACACAUUUAUAUGGGAAGUACAAAGGAAAAUUGUUGGUGGCCACAGCCCAAGAUGGUAAUGAUGAAUGUUUACCGAUUGCUUUUGCCAUCGUUGAAGGCGAGACCUUGGAUGCAUGGAACUAUUUUCUUGUUAAUAUUCGUGCUCAUGUUACUGACAUGUCAAACAUAUGUUUGAUCUCCGAUCGGCAUCGUAGCAUAAUAUCUGCUGUGGAGAAUAACCCUAAUUGGCAGCCACCAAAUGCAUAUCACGUCUUUUGUAUUCGUCAUAUUGCAAGCAACUUCAAUCAAAAAUUUCGGAAUGAAGGUUUAAAGCAGAUGUUAAAGAAUUUAGGUAUACUCAUUGACACGAUGCAUAUUUAUGUCAUUCCAUUAUGUUUAUCAAUUUAUGUUUAA